AUGAGAACAGCAGGAGAACAGCAGCAGAACAGCAGGAGAACAGCAGGAGAACAGAAGAACAGCAGGAGGACAGAAGAACAGCAGGAGAACAGAGGAACAGCAGGAGAACAGAAGAACAGCAGGAGAACAGCAGCAGAACAGCAGCAGAGCAGAAGGACAGCAGGAGAACAGCAGAAGAACAGCAGGAGAACAGCAGGAGAACAGGAGGAGAACAGCAGGAGAACAGCAGCAGAACAGCAGGAGAACAGCAGGAGAACAGUAGAACAACAGGAGAACAGCAGGAGAACAGAAGAACAGCAGGAGAACAGCAGGAGAACAGCAGCAGAACAGCAGGAGAACAGCAGGAGAACAGCAGAAGAACAGCAGGAGAACAGCAGGAGAACAGCAGGAGAACAACAGGAGAACAGCAGGAGAACAGCAGGAGAAGAGAAGAACAGCAGGAGAACAGAAGAACAGCAGCAGCAGCAGAACAGCAGGAGAACAGCAUGA